AUGCGACUUUUAGGAGCAAAUUUGGGCUCUCUGAGGGCAUUUGCGAGCCGCAGAAGUGUAACCUAUUUGCACAGUGGGAAUCGAGUCCGUGGGCUGAAAAGAGAUCCCAGUGAGUACUUGAGACUCCCCAGUGGUCUGCUGUAUACAGAAGUGGAACCCAGCAAGUACCACGAAACGGUGCGGUCGCAACUGAACCUCCAGAGCCAUGGUAUCACGCUUUCAGACGACGUUAUCCUACAAUGUCUUACACAUAAAUCGUUUGCGCAUGGUGGGAAGCCAUAUAAUGAGAAAUUGGCACUUGUUGGGGCCCAGUAUCUCAAAUUCCUUGCGUCGGUGUUUUCGCUAAAACUCCCGGUGCCGUUGUCGCCUGUGGCUGCCCAGAAUACUCAAAAGCCCAUUAACGGUCUGAAUUUCACAAACCUGGGUUCCCAAGGCUCCAAACUACUCAUUUCUAAGAAAACAACUGCUGAAGUGAUCAAAAAAAGACAGCUGGACUCGUUUGUUUUUUGGAAGAAAAGGGAUCCGAUCCAGAGCGCUGCUUACAACGGUGAGACUGCAAUUUACGCCAGUGUUCUAAACGCAUUAGUCGGAGGCAUUCUUUUAACCAACGGACCUGAAAAAGCCUCGCAAUAUAUACAAAGCGAGCUUUUAGACUCCUCUAAAGAUGCGUCGCUUGUGUGCGUCGCAUCCAGUCACAACGCAUAA